UGAACCAUUAAAGGUCAACCAGGAAAUUGUUAAAAACAUUUUGAUAUCUAUCCGUGCAGUAAACGACGAAUUACGCACCGUGACGCGUACAUCUUUCGCCUUUUACGCUCGUCGUAAUGUAAAAUUCUAAACUAAUUCUAAUGUAAAUGAAACACGUGCUAUAUAGAUAUUUCAACUCGUGUAAUUAACAAACUCCCCUAGGACUCAUUCUUUAACCCUCACCCUGACCAGAAAAUCUUUACAACACCCGUUGCGCAAUAUAUAAUUUCAAGUUUAAUUAUACGUUACGCGUAUGCCAAAAAUAACUUCUCGACGAGUGUAAUUCCCGUAUUAAAACAAUUUUUUCAAUUACACAAUAUAAUGUUCCAUGAUUUCCAUGUUUUCCAGUUUGUGAAAUAUCGUCAGAGGUAAAAUGGUGAGAGGCAGUCCGGAAAGUUGGUAAAAUCCUUGAGAGGAAUCAUAAUGCCGGUUGAAACUGCGCGUGCGUUUUCAACCCCUAAACAUUCUCUACCCCUCGAUGAAAUAAAACUCCUACGCAACUCUCCACCUCCGAUUCCAGUAUGAGAAUACACACAGAGGGAGGACAGUGGGUUAUUCGUAUACAUUGAGGUAAAAGUGUUACGCUUGCGUGAUAGCAGGUUGUACCAUCCCGGAGGCGCAGGACUUCAGUCUAGGAUAAUGUAAUGCCGGAUUGUCAAGAGUAUCAUCCAUCGACAGGGUUGGAGGAGAGAUGGACUCUCACAGCGCGGGAGCUGUCGCUGUCCUCGGGACAGUCGGCGCUGCCACGGGAGCAAUAUCCGCGGUUUUGUUCUACGCGAUGUGCAUGAAACGCAAGAGGUUCGCCUUAUUUCCUGGAGGAAAGGGUCCUCUAAACUGGUUUGAGAAGGAUUUAUUGGACAGAGCGAAGGAAGCUGAGAAGACCUCCAAGGAGGAUUUCAUCGAACUUGGAAAUGUGGCGUCAUUGGCAUGUAAUCCGACAAUACCGAGCGAAUUAAAUGACAAUAUUUGCGAUGACGUUGAAUGGCAAAGAAAGGAUCCACCAUAUGACACGAGUAUCCUGAACUCACGGGAAGUUAUCCAACGAUUAUCGUCUGAAGGAGAUGACGAGCCAAAGACUCCAGUGAGUCCUUUCGCUCCGCCACUUCCUGGAGGUGCCGUUGUUGCUUCUGAUGAUCGGAUGGUCAUCGUGAGACCCCAACCGAGGACAUCCACUGGGUCGAGACUUAACAGUGCUGACAGUGAUUCUGUUUUUCAGAAGCAAUCCUCUUGGUCGUCCUCAUCAUCGAUAGACGAGCCAGCGGGUGAGCUGCAAUUGAGUCUAUUUUACGACUCUACUAAUGGGAUUCUUGUGGUGAAACUUCUUGAGGCGCAUGACCUGAGAGCCAGGGAAUUGAGUGGAAGUGCUGAUCCUUACGCGAAAAUAAGACUCUUGCCAGACAGGAGUAAUACUUGGCAGACAAAGGUUCAUAAGCGCACAUUGAACCCAGUGUUUAAUGAAGAGUUUAAAUUCGAAACUGCUUCUCUCACUGGUACUACCCUGGAGGUACUUCUCUACGAUUUCGAUGCAGCGGCAAAACACAGAGGACUGGGGUACAUGCGAUUGCCACUGCCUCCAAAUGGAGGAGAUACCCUGGACGAAACUCCUCUGGAGCUGAUGAGGCCAAUACAUAGAUAUGGAGCGGAGGGAAGCAUCUACCGAUCUGACCCACUGGGUGAACUCAUGGUAUCCUUAUUUUACGAUGCCACUGCUGCUAAAUUGACAGUAAUCGUUGUCAGAGCUAUUAAUUUAGUGAUUGCUGAUGACGCUGGCACUCAGAAUUCGGAGACUUAUGUAAAGGUGGGAAUCUUCAAGGAUGGCAAGAGUUUCAAGAAAAAGCGAACAAUAAUCUGUCGAGAUCCGCAGAACCCAGUAUGGAACGACGUACUAACAUUCGAUCUUGGAAGUGACAUCUUAUCAACCUGUACAUUAGAAUUUUCAGUCGUUAAAACGAGUGACCAGAUAUUGGCGAAAUGCGAGGUCUCGAAAAAAUGUCAGCGCGAGCUGUUUCAUCGAGCUUUAGCUGGAAAAGGGGCGUCUGUCCAGUGGGUGCCACUGAUGGGAGUCGAUAAGAGAGAAAGGUCGUUGUCAUUGUUUCACCGGAUUGUUUUAAGCCUUACCGAUGGACAUCGAGUGCUUCGCUGGAGAUGCUCAAAUCGAAGCACCAUGCCAGUAAAAUCCCUAAAAGUAUCCUACCCCCAGGAAGAUCUUGAUCUCGUCAAAUCGAAGAUGAACGUAAACGAGACAAUUCAACCUGAUUCGAUGGGCUACAAUGACAGUUGCGGGGAGGCAUGCAAUUCUUCGAGGCCGACAUCCUCAGCAGAUUCUCUCAAUCCCUCGGAGGGUGCAUCCUCCCAGGAUGACAAUGAGAUCUUCACUCAACUUGAAGAAACAGCCCUGAUGAAUCGCAUCGAUGAGAAGGUCAAGAGGAUCGAGAUAAACGAGGUACCACCCGCUGAACCACCCCCAGCAAAUAAAACAGCGGUUCUUGGGGAGAUUAAGAAUCCACGAAGUAUGGAGAACAUCAGGAAGACCAAAGCUGUUACUAGGGGAGACCUCAAGUUCUUUGCUGGAGCAAAAUUGGAGGCCAAGGACUUCAAUGAUCAAUGGUAUGCAGCACGAGUCGUUGAGAUAGAUUGGGUCGACAGAGAAGUGUUGAUCCAUUUCGAUAAAUGGAAUUCGAGAUUUGAUGAGUGGAUCCCCAUGGACAGUCCUAGAUUGAGAAUGUUACAAGUUCAACCCAGUGAACAAGCGAAACUUGAUUGGGUCAUUGCAACUCCAGAUCCAAAACCGAAAGGUUUUUCGACAGGAGAGAGGAUCCUGGCAACGUGGGCAGAUGGUCGAAAGUAUCCAGCCACAGUAAAAGCAGUAUUGGGAAAUGAUCGUUACGAUGUUUUAUUUGAUGAUGGUUAUGCCAAAGUUGUACGUUCAUCGAAGAUGACUAAAAUCGCUGGAGCAGUGGAAAAGUCAAACACUCAACAAUUACCAAUGGAGACCGAGACGUACAUAGGAAGUAAGCAGGAGAGAAGAGACAAGAAGAGGAAGCACACAGUGACUGAGUUAUUUAGUAGUAGAAAACGCACAAAGUCAGACAAAGAAGGAACCUCGAAGAAAGAAGAAAUGCCUGAUGUACCCGAUCAGGAACCUGAGGUUGCUGAAGCCAAUGAAGCGACUCCGAGCUAUGACUCUGGAGCAGAAAUGCUGAAGGGUUUUCCGAGUUCGAAGAAAGUUAAGAACUUCUCAAAGAAGAAGAGAGAGUCUCCCAAGGUGGAGAGUGAUCCGGAGGAUGAUCCAGGCCCUGAAUGGGUCGAUGGAGAGCCCCAGGGAAUCGAGUCCUUCACCACUGAUGGAAGUAGACGAUCCAUCAUCGUGCCUGAUAAGAGACUACCUACGGGGUGGCAAAAGCACUUCGUCCAGAGGAAGACUGGAAAUUCUGCUGGCAAGUGGGACGUUCUCUUCGUUCAAAAAUCAUCUGGAAAAAAAUUCCGAUCGAGAAGUGACUUGAAGACCUUCUUCGAGGGUCAAGGCCAGAUGCAUUAUAAUACUGAAAUGUUCGACUUCUGCAUUCACCGAAGAAAAAGAUCUGGAGGGGGUAGAAAUUUUUCGGUAAAGACGGACAGUCCUGUGGAGACCCCGAAGAAAAUUAAGACACUUUUACCGAAGAGUAAGACCAGUCCUACUGCUACAGUGGGAUCUGAAAAUCUUCUGUUGAGUCCUGUCAAUUCUCCAUACUCUCCGGCUCCUGUGACUGCUCCCGGGGUUGUUGGUACCCCCACUGAUCCAGGUGCGGUGUUCGUCGGAGGUCUUCGAGUGGAGAUGGAGGACGGAGCGUUCAAGUGUCCCAUCGAAGGUUGCACGAAGACCUUCCGCAAGGAAAAUCUCCUGCAGAUGCACAUUAAGCACUAUCACAAGGAAUACUCCCAAUAUGUGGGCUCGACCCCCAACGUUGCUGAUUUAGCUUAUGCCAGAACAAUUGGGGAGUCAAUUCAGGAUGUCACUCCUAAAAAGACAGUGGACAAACGGAGAUCUCUCCCAGAGAGAUCAAUGCAAACAUUCUCCUCCAUGUCACCACUGACUACUCCACUUCAUGAUGUCUCUGCCUCCGAUGGAAACACCACUCGGGAUGAUUCCAAACUUGAAAUGAUGUCGCCAAUGUCACACUGCAGUAUGGAUAUCACGGAUGAUGGAAUACAAAGGACGGAAAUUGGAGCUAUGUCCCCAGGUGCGUUAUUUGAUAUGAAAAUUCGAGAGGAGAAAACUCAAGUGGGAAUCAAAACUCUUCUCCCAGUACGACCGAGUACCGUAGAUCCCCAGAAAAGCGACCGUUUCAAGUCUCAUGACGAGCCUGGCAGUUUCGAAAGAUUGAAGGGUCAGAGGAAACGUCAGUUAUCUGAAUAUAGCUCUGAUGCUUCCACGAAGAGCAGAAAACCCAAGGGCAUGCAGGACCUUACGGAUGAGUACGGAGAUUUAGAUGACAGUGCCUUGGAUGCUGAAGGGCCAGUUGGUCCCAUAUACAGAUAUAGUCGUAGGAAAUCUGAUCCUAAAAGCGACGAGAACAGUCAAAGCAAUAGUGAAGUGGCGAUGAUAGAGGUGAACGGCGAGCUGGUAAAAGUCGAGCAACUAGAACGAGAGGAAAUCAUAAACUGCACUUGUGGAAUAACCGAGGAAGACGGUCUGAUGGUUCAAUGUGAAUUAUGCCUGUGCUGGCAGCAUGGCCAUUGCAGUGCCAUCGAGCGAGAACGAGAUGUUCCUGACAAAUAUGUCUGCUACAUCUGCAGAAAUCCUCAUAGAGGCAGAUCCUCCAUGAAGUACAGUCACGAUCAAGAUUGGAUAAAGGAAGGAAAGCUCGAGAUUCUGGAGAAUCGAACUAGAGAUUCAGAAGCAAUCAACAAGAGGACAGCGAUGUUGAAGCGAUCCUACGAUCUCGUUGGAGCGCUCAUCCAGAUCCAAAAGAUUCUCCACAGUCUCAGGGUCAAGAUCAAUGUUGCCCAGAAGAAGGAUCAUCCCAAGCUGUACCUGUGGGCCAACAACUGGGAAAAAUCAGAAAUAGCAGACGUUAAUUUGGAGCCAGUUCCAAUUAUGGAGGUUAUUAUCCCGAAAACUGAAAUGGAGGACAUCUUCAUAGAGCCUAAAAUAAAGAUUGAAAAAAUAAUUGAUGAUAAAGAUAUUAAAAGUGAUAAUGAGGGUAAAUCCAUAGCUUCGGAUUCGGAGCUCAUGAAAAUUCUCGAAGAGGAUAAUUCUGUGAUAGGUAAUCAGGGGAGUGAUUCCAAAGGGAAGAAGGUGGACGACAAGACGGGGGGACAUAUCCUGCUGGAUGCCUUGACCAGGAGUGAGGCAAAGGGUGAAGAGAUCAAGAGUGAGGAGGAGAAGCCUGAGGUGCCUUUAGAGAUGGUUAAACAAAUGCAGCCGAUUAUACCUGAGCCUGAGGCUCCUAUUGAUCCUUUUGAGUGCCGACUCCGGCUGUUCGAGCAUAUUGAGCAUUUCCAAAAUCAUCUUGACGCUAAGUUGAUGGAGGUAGAGGCACAGGUUGACGCGUUGGAAGCUAUGGAGGCCAACAACGAUGCACCAUCCUCUGAUGUCUCAGUGCGUGAUAAAGAAACGAUCCAAAUGCUCUUGCGAGAUCUCAAGACAAUACAAAAAUUGGCGGCUCAGUGUUGAUUCAAUAUGAAACCAUAAAAUGCGAAACGUUACUCAUGCUUGUGGAAAUCAUCGCAUCCAUAUUAGGUGGAGCCUCCAUUUUUAUAUAAAGCAAUGUACAAUAUUUGCAACCGAUUUACUUUUACUCGAAACUAUUAGAGAAGUAGACUUGUCUUGUAAUAUAAUGUAUCUAGCUUCGUUUUUAUCUUUUAGUUGUAAUGAAUAUAGCACUAAUUUGAAUAUUGGGCUGAAGAGAAUUAUUAAUUUCGUUAAUAAAUUUUGAAAAGUACAAGGAA